GCACGGAUGCACGCGCCAACAUGAUGUCGAGUGAAGCCAUCUUGGAGGGCGCGGCUCGGGAUGGCUCCAUCGACGUCGCCGAGUGGCCUCGCGUGUUGGAAGCGCUCCUCCAACGCCUGCACGAUAUUGUGCACAACGAUUUCCCUAUUCCUUCCAUCCCACUGCCCCAAUCGCAGCCGCCAACGAUAGAUCCCGAAGUCGUGGCAUCCACGCCCCCCAACUCUGGACACGAUGACCGCGAGGAGCGAGAGGGGGAACUGCCUGAUGCAGAGCAGGAGAACGAGGCACAUACGAACAGCCAGAGUAGUACGAAAGAGAACGACGCGCCGACAGACAUUGCAGCUGGCAGGCCGUCAAUAUCACGGCCGCAACGCGAUCAUGCAGAGGACGCGGUGCAGCGUGCGGACAGCGUUGAAGCGCAAUCAGGCACGCUACCCCCGGAUCUCCUCAGUUUAUACACGGUUCUGCGACAUACGCUCGAGCGCGACUUCCAACAUAGCCCUCCGUACACGAUCCAACGGCUGGCGGAACUGGCGCUCCAUCCUAAACGACACUAUCGCUUUCUUCCCUCUUUCCUGCGAGCUCUUGAUCGUGUGGUCAACGUCAGCUCUCCCGUCACCGACUUUCCUCUAUCGACUGCGCAUCUCACCACUCAUGGCCUCCUCACGAACGGCGACACGAACAUGGCGAACGGCAUCACGGAGGGUCACGGACUGGGAAGUGACGAGAGUCUGGGAGGCGCACUGCUGACUCCGAUCCCAUGGCUUAGGAACAACUCGUUCCCACACACUGCUGCCAAUGGGGCGUCGAACUCUGGAGAGCUCCGCAACCACGGCGGAGAGGAAGGACUCCACGGGUCGGGUGGCACCGACACCGUUUCCGUCAACAGCAACGGAGUAACGACAUCGUUAAUGAACGGAUUGCACCCUUCUCCGGCAUCUCCAACCCUGUCCGACCAAUCAGACGCCAGCUCCUCUACCUCCUCCGGUACCAUGGAAGCCCAGCUCCGCGAGCAGGGCGGCGUAACACAAGGCGAACUCCUCCGCCAAGAGCAAGAAGCCGGCGUCGUCCCUUUAACUCAGAUCCCCCCUCGACGCGCCAUCUUCACCACCAGUGGAGCAGGCGUAGCAGCUGGAGGCAGUGAUGGAUCCGUCAGCGCACGGCCAACAACAGCCAUGGAGUCGGUGGAAGAGGGCGCGGACGAGCUCCCGCACGCCCGAGGCCCAGAGCUCAUCGGGCCUGAAGACAUGGGGCCACAGCAUCACGCUUUCGACGGCGGAUUGGAUUUGGAAGCUGCGGUCGGCAGGGGACGUAGCAAGUCUCCGCAACCUCCUCCGCAAGCCAUUCCGGCCUCGGAAGCUGAGGCGGCUGCGCAGGCUGCGAGUGAGGAUCCCGCGGGGCGACCUGGGGUUGAUCCGGGAGAUGUGGAAAAGGAGGUGGAGAAGCUGAGGGAAGUGAUGGAUGCUGAGAGGCAGGCGGCGGCGGCGAGGGAUGCGGAUGGCGAUGUGGUUGUUGCUGAUGCGGAUGGGAGGGAGGUGGAGGAGAAGGAGAUCACGGGGGACUUGAGGGGUGCGGAUGCUGUUGAUGCUACGACUUUAUGAAUGGAGGUGUUGAGAAAGGAGGAAGCAGGCCGUGGAAUGGAAUUCCUACCACAUGUAGCCUUGAGUGAAUACUGGACACGUGCUGGCCAGUAUGCAGCUUCGGAAGGUGCAUCAGACACACUUUCCGAAUGAAACGAGUGUGCAUGGUCAUUAUCAUGCUCAGUCUACAGACCACACGACUCAAAGACGUAAGAC